CACGCCGACCCGCGGACCUCGCCCUCCCACCUGCCCAGCGUCCCAGCAGCUGCACCCCUCGCCCGCACCCUCUCCAGGAAACCCCUCCGCAGCCUGCACCUAUGUGCGUCGCCGUCCGUUGUUGACCAGGCGCUUCAGACGAGUGCGGCCGCCCGGCCUCCGUGCCUGACAUCACUGCCGCGACGAAAGCGGAACACCACCACCGCCCGCCCUCACCUCUCCCCCGGCGCCCGCAACGACGGUGCAGCCCGCCGCAACAAUGCCCCUCCGCUCAGAGCGCCCCAUCGUGCGCGUCGAGCACACGUCGAUCCGCACCGUGGAGACCAGGAACCCGGAGAACCUCUUCGGCCUGUGGAGCAUCUUCUCAAAGUGCUCCCCCGCAAUGGAAGACGGGCGCCGCUACGAGAACCUCGCCUGGAGACUGUGGGGCCGCGAGGCGUUUUGCUGCCAGCCAGACCACAUAAUUCCGCCGCGCUGGUCGUUUGAGAGCCGGCUGUCGUCCUGCGACGAGAUCCCCGAGCUCUCUUCAAGCGUGGCCUCAGACGACUCCGCUUCGGAAAGCGCCAUCACCGCGACUACCCGAUCAAACUCGUCCUCGCGCCCCGACCUCCGCCGAAACGACUCCUCCAACAGCGAGGCCCGCCGCAAGCACAUCACCCCGAUCGACCUGGAGAAGGUCGUAAACUCGAUACAAGAAAAAAAGGCCAUUGUACCGCUCUCGCCGCUACCGCCACAGCUCGCGCGGCGGCUCCCAGUACGGCCGAAGAAGGUUGCCGAAGACACCACGCCGCGCCCCUCAUCGCCGCCUCCGACCGCCCGCUUCGUCCCGGAAUCCUCCACCUCCACAGUUGCGACCGCCCUGGGCAGCGACGGCAUGAGUCCCCCAAUCGGAUCGGACGUCAGCACGUCCACCGAUCUCAGCUCGCACAGCAUCGUCCAUGGCUUCGACCCCGGCCGCAUCUCCACCUCGGUGCGCUCAAGCACAAACCUCAACCCUACCCCAAUUCUCAAGCCCAGCAUUACCACCAAGCCCGCCCCAACCAAGGCAGAACCGGUGAGGAAGAAGGCGCCUAUGUUCAUGCUCGGUGGAUCGUCCGACGAGGACAACAGCAGCUCGUUAGAGGCAUACUCACUGAGACAGCGGAGCUCCCUCUCCGAUAACAUCAAAAAGGCGGGCCUCAUCCGCAAGACGACGUCGUUCAAGAACGAAGUCAGCACGCGCACUAUCCAGGACGCCACCUCCGAGGAGAGCGAAGAGGCCAUUGAGAGCGAGAGCGACGAGGAUUCGGACGACAAUGCCAUUGAAGAGGAGGACUCUGACGAGGAAUGGGAGGACGACAAUGAGGAGUCUGGCCCUCCAAGCGUGGACGAGCGCGCAAUGUUCCAGAGGGUCGACUCCAAGCCGAAUUUGGUGUCCCGUCGCUCUCUGCUGACUACUCAAAUCCACGAAGGCGACCGCGCUCGGGCGCUGCAGAAUGCAGCGUCGCGCUCCUCACCCGCCAUCCGCAGGUCCCGGACGUCGACUCCCAAUGGCCCCUCGACUGGCAACUCCCCCCAGGAGGACAGCGUUCUCAUGAUGCGGCCGCAGGUCCCACGCUCAAAGCCCAUCAUCAUGACCACGUCGAACGUGCACCCGCCCGCCUUGUCUCCCCGCACCACCCGCCGAAAUAUGCUCCAGACGGAGCUGACGCAGUCGCUGCGCCAAAAUCUCCUCUGGGAGAGGCAGCAAAAGAAUGCGACUACCAACGCAGUGAACAAACGGGCGCAGUCGGCUGUAUCGAUGCCAGCCCUUCGGCGAGCCAUGACCACUAACGACCUCAACGCCUUCCCACAACAAAACUUCACCAAGUCUACCACCUUCAAAGAUCCGACUAAGAACAACAACUCUUUUAACGAUUAUUUCGACCAAGGACUCCAGGAGUACCACCAAAAGGGGUGGUAGCGGAGCCGUCUCUUCCAGCAACUGCACUACAGCGGCAUCAUACGGAACAGCAUCUGGUCAUCGGCGUUUUGUGUUUCUUCUUCUUUCUACUACCGCCGCUCCCGAGCAAUUGCUGGACGGCCGAUCAUGGGUAAUGUUUCUCCCAAAAUCUUUGAUACCAUAGGGCAUCGAGUAUGCCUAUGAGGCUACGAGUUUCCUUGAUCCACUUCAUCACAUCGGACACUGGGCGGAUCAUUCGGCUUACAAGAUGCGUCGCGGCUCGCGCCUGGGUGGUCUGGGUCUGGCUUCUGCGUCGAGCAAUACCCCGUCCACUGGUCUGUACUAUUACACCUGCAUUGUACUUUUAUCGGCUCCCCUGUCCGAAGAGCCAUUAUACCUUGAGGGGCGUCUCGCUGCGGCAUGCGACGACAGCAUUACCUCACAUCAGAUAGCAAAGGUCAUCACCUUAGGUACCUUAAUGAAGAAAAGUGGAUAGUUCAAGCA